AUGCAGGAUACGCCGGUAUCGCCCUACGGGCUGUUCAAGGCAAAAACUGUUUACUUGUUAUGUGAAUGGUUCUACAACAGCGCCAACACGAAAUCCCUGGACGACCUCGACGCGCUCGUACAGAUCUUGACCACAUCUGGCUUCAAGGUAUCCGACCUCGCAGACUUCCGCGCCCGGCGGGAGAUGAAGCGUUUGGAUGACUAUGUCAGCCCAUCAGGCGUGUUUUCCAAGGAGGAUGGAUGGAUGGAAGGCGAGAUAACCUUGCCGUUGCCGAAGCCCGGGGUUCAUCACAACUCAGAAGCUGACGCGCCCUCGUUCACGGUGGAGGGCAUGUAUUUCCGCAAAAUUAUCGAAGUCAUCAUCAGCGAGGUACAGGACAGACACUUCUCCGAGCAGCGUCAUUGGCUCCCGCACAAGACAUUCUGGAACCCACCUGGGGACUCGGCGGGAACCCCAUCGGACGAGAGACAGCCGUCCACACCGCCAUCGGCAGACAAUCAACCCCACUCACAGGGCGGCCACGGCAUGCCGCCACCCAUUCGCGUGUUCUCUGAGACUUACAACUCCGACGCCAUGAACCAGGAGUAUGCCAAGCUUCGUUCACGCCCACGCAAUCCUGACGACGCCCCCUCCGUCGAGUACAACAUUCUGCCCAUCGUCGCCUGGUCUGAUGCGACGCUGCUCGCUCUGUUUGGCUCGGCCAAACUCUGGCCAAUAUACCUCUAUAUCGCAAACAUCUCGAAGUAUAUCCGUGGAAUGCCGACAGAGUUCGUCGCACAACAUGUCGCAUAUAUACCUGAGGUGAGCCAUUAUGUGGCAUCUUUAUGUCGUGGAGACGACGAGACCCCUAUAUUUUUCCGCAUUUUUCCUUAUUUUCUACGGCCAUUCGUACGACACUUAGACUUAGAACCAGUAGUUAGAAGCAUGUGA